CGUGUCGUAGCGAAAAUGGCUGCAAUUGUGCGAUAUAAUUUGUUAACAAAACCACAAUUUGUGGCUGCGCUGCCGGGCGCAGUACAGUUGCGCUUGCAGAGCACUCAAGCACCACCACCAGGCACUCCGCCCCCACAAACAAAAACCAAAUUCGGCCCUUUGGCAGAUGAGGAUCGCAUCUUCACGAAUCUUUAUGGUCGCCAUGAUUGGAGGUUGAAGGGUGCACAGAAGCGCGGCGAUUGGUACAAGACCAAGGAGAUUGUAUUGAAGGGUCCUGACUGGAUUAUCAAUGAGAUCAAGACCUCCGGAUUGAGAGGACGUGGUGGAGCUGGUUUUCCCAGUGGCAUGAAAUGGUCAUUUAUGAAUAAGCCCGGUGAUGGACGCCCCAAAUAUCUAGUUGUAAAUGCUGAUGAGGGUGAACCAGGCACUUGCAAGGAUCGCGAGAUUAUGCGCCACGAUCCACACAAGCUGGUCGAGGGUUGUCUAAUUGCUGGUCGUGCUAUGGGUGCACAAGCCGCGUACAUUUACAUACGAGGCGAGUUCUACAACGAGGCUUCUAACAUGCAGCUGGCCAUAGCCGAGGCCUAUCAGGCUGGUUUGAUUGGCAAGAAUGCUUGCGGCAGUGGUUAUAACUUUGAUGUAUUCAUGCAUCGCGGCGCCGGCGCUUACAUAUGCGGCGAGGAGACAGCGCUGAUUGAAUCGCUUGAGGGUAAGCAGGGCAAGCCACGAUUGAAGCCGCCAUUCCCCGCUGAUGUGGGUCUCUUUGGUUGCCCCACCACGGUGACCAAUGUCGAGACUGUAGCAGUGGCACCCACCAUUUGUCGUCGCGGUGGCAAUUGGUUUGCUAGCUUUGGGCGUACUCGUAAUUCGGGAACCAAGCUCUUCAAUAUCUCUGGCCAUGUGAACCGGCCAUGCACCGUUGAGGAGGAGAUGUCCAUACCACUUAAGGAGCUAAUCGAGCGGCACUGCGGCGGAGUCAUUGGUGGUUGGGAUAACCUACUGGGCGUUAUACCUGGAGGCUCAUCGACGCCCAUUAUACCACGUAAGGUGUGCGAUGAUGUGAUCAUGGAUUUCGAUGGCUUGAUUGCGGCGCAGACAUCACUGGGCACAGCGGCCAUCAUUGUGAUGGACAAGUCGACGGAUGUAAUUAAGGCGAUUGCGCGCUUGAUUUCGUUUUAUAAGCACGAGAGUUGUGGCCAGUGCACUCCCUGUCGUGAGGGCAUUGGCUGGAUGAACAAGAUUAUGACACGCUUUGUCAAAGGCGAUGCCCAGCCCUCUGAGAUAGACAUGCUAUGGGAGAUAUCCAAACAGAUUGAGGGACACACGAUUUGUGCAUUGGGCGAUGGCGCCGCUUGGCCCGUGCAAGGACUCAUUCGUCACUUUAGGCCAGAAAUUGAGAAGCGAAUGCAACAGUACGCGCAGCAGUCAAAGCGCGCCACAAAUUAAAUUAUGUUAUAGCUAAUUAAAUAUACUUCAUUUAAUUUGCAAAUAAA